CUUUUGGAGAGAAAGAAAAAAGUAGUGGCAGUGCAAAAAGGGGGCAGAGCUGUGAGAAAAGACGGACACCAGAAGAGCUGGUUGCCCAAAUCCCGUCGGCUUCCCCGGUGUGCGUAUCCUAGUGUUGUGCAGCUGGCUGUGGGGCGACCUUGCCUGUGUGCCUGUGGUUACAUUGUGCCGUGCUCGCUGGUGACCAAAAGACAGUGGAGGCUGGGAGCAGGAAGUGAGUGCUCGGAAACCUGUCAGUCAGUGGGUUUGAGACUGAGAGGUUCAGUAGCCAUGCUGGAAAGUCCAGGUAGAAUGAGAGCAGAUACUAAAGUGAGUAAUCGGUCAGAAUCUGCUAAAUGUGCAAUGGAAAGCGGUGACACAAACACCGGAAUUCAAACCAAUGGGUUGGACUUUCAGAGGCAGACAGUCACUAAUGCACACACACAAGCCCUCCUCCAACAGUCUAAGUCAGAGGACUCUGGUGCUCUACCGACCUCCGUCCAGCAGAGCGUAUUGCCUCAAACCCAGCUAAUGUUGACCGGGGGACAGAUUCCUGGAUUGACCCUGACCCCAACGCAGCAGCUGCUGAUCCAGCAGGCCCAGGCUCAGAUCCUGGCUGCAGCUGUGCAGCAGCAUACAGCCAGCCAGCAGAACAGCACCACUGGGGCCAACAUCUCAGCCACUGCAGCCACGCCCAUUACCCAGUUACCCCUCUCACAGCCCAUUCAGAUUACCUCUCAGCUACAACAGCAGAGUUUAGGCCUGCCUCAGUUUGUUCUGGUUCAGCCUGGUCAUCACAUUGCUACUUCACUGCAGCCGGCUCAGUUCAUCAUCUCACAGACACCGCAGGCCCAGCAAGGUAUAUUGCAACCCCAGAGUCUUCUAACUCAACUACCUCAAAGCCAAGCUAACCUCCUGCCAACUCAACCAAGCAUCAACCUUGCAACUCAGCCUUCAACUCCAACCCGAACUACAGCAGCCACGCCUAUUCAGCUGCCCCAGAGUCAGACACCACCCAAGCGGUUGGAUACUCCCACGCUGGAAGAACCAAGUGAUCUUGAGGAGUUGGAGCAGUUUGCCAAGACUUUCAAACAGAGACGAAUUAAACUGGGCUUUACACAGGGGGACGUCGGCCUGGCCAUGGGCAAGCUGUAUGGAAACGACUUCAGUCAAACCACCAUUUCUCGCUUUGAGGCCUUGAACCUGAGCUUUAAGAACAUGUGCAAACUUAAGCCUUUGCUGGAGAAGUGGCUUAAUGAUGCAGUUUGUGCAGAGAACCUGACAUCGGAUCAGGCCUUGUCCAGCCCCAGUGCUCUGGGCUCCCCGGGCAUGGGCAUGGAGGGGAUCAACCGCAGACGGAAGAAAAGGACCAGCAUCGAGACCAACAUCCGAGUGGCCUUAGAAAAGAGCUUUGUGGAGCAGAACCAAAAACCUACCUCUGAAGAGAUCACCAUGAUCGCUGACCAGCUCAACAUGGAGAAGGAGGUGAUCCGGGUCUGGUUCUGCAAUCGGCGUCAGAAAGAGAAGAGGAUCAACCCCCCCAGCAGUGGCAACGGUGUAGGAGGCAAUACCCCCCUCAAAGCCAUCUUUACACCCAGCAGCCCUUUGGUGGCCAGCACAGCGAGCCUUGUUAGCAGCCCGACCAUUAACACGUCAACCACUCUGACUGUAAACCCAGUGAUGCCUCUCACCAGCACCAGCGUCUCCACUUUGUCUUUCACAGGAACGACAGUUGGAGCCACAAACACUGCAUCUGUCAUCUCUACCACACCUUUGGUUACCACAGCAACCAGCUCUCCAUCUUUAAGCCCCUCUCCAACAAUUAUUCAGUCCACAUCCACAGACAGCAAAGCUGGCAUUCAGUCUCAGACCAUCAUGACGCAGGCGGCCACAUCUGUGCCCUCCACCUUAGGGACAGGGCAGGUGAUGGUGACAGCACAAGGGCUGUCGGCUGCGCUGCAGGGCGCGGCCCAGCUGCCCACCAGCGCAAGCUUUGCAGCCAUGGCCGCUGCAGCUGCAGGCCUCAAUCCGGGACUGAUGGCUUCCUCUCAGUUCGCUCCAGGGGGCGCUCUUCUUAGCCUGGCUCCCGGGGGGCUCGGCAGCGCGCUAAGUCCUGCUCUGAUGAGCAACAGUACCCUAGCUACCAUUCAAGCACUGGCGUCCAGCGGCACCAUCCCCAUCACCUCUCUGGACGGCGGGAACCUGUUGUUCGCCAACACGUCGUCCGCCAGCACGCCCGGCCUGGUGACCACGCCGCUAUUUCUGAGCCCCCAGAACCUGUCGCUGCUCACCAGCAACCCCGUCAGCUUGGUGUCAGCCGGCGCCGGGGGGCUCCAGGUCACCGCGGACGCCAACCAUCAGGCCACCUCGGUCGCUGUGCCCAUGCAAACCUCCACCAUCACCACUGCCUCCAAGGCCCAGUGAAGGCCGUGAGGCUGCGUCUGGAUCUAACCCCGUUUCCGAGCACUAUUCCUGUGGCGCCUCUUAGGGAGGGGGUUACUCCUUGGAUUCUGGCCUGGCUGAACAGCCUUCUCAUUGUAUCUACCAUUUUUCUUUUAUCUAUUUGCUGCCACCAAAAAGAAAAAUGACCUCCAAUCAGAUUGGGACUCUUUUUUUUUCUUUCUUCUUUUUAAUAUAUUUUGAAUUCUCCUUAAAGAAACUUCUAACCAAAAACACAUUUCACUUUUACAAACUUCGACACGUUUACUAAUUCUAUUCAUCACUAACAGUUUUUGUUUGACUUUUGGGCCUUGAUUUAAAUCAUGUGGAUUUUUAGACUCUCUUCUUUAUCCUCACUUUAUAUAUUGUCGUGUUUUCAGAACUUUGUAAGUCUGAUAUUAAGUUAAGAUUUAACUAUCACUUUUGAAUUGUGGUUAAAAGGCUUUAAAAACAAGUAAUAAGUGGCCGAUCUAAAGGUUAUCAUUGCUUUACGGGCUCGGAGAGUCGGCGCGCGUCUCUUCGAGCCUUUCUUCUGGAAACACUGACUUUUUACAUUUUGCUGCAGCUGCGACGGCGCCGCUCGGUGGCGGCCUCGUAGACACUGACAGAAAAUGACUGAAAAGGUGGCGAGGAAAGCUUUAGCGUGAGCUGCAGAGUUGCAGCGAGGGGGAGGUGUGUGAAAUUUAUAGGAUUACUGUAUAUUCCGUUCAGUUGGGUGUUUCUGCGGUUUGCUUGGUGGGGGGUUGUUGUAUUGUGGUUUUAAUGUUUAAGUUCUUUUUAACAGUAGUACGAUCUACUUGUGCACAGUAUCUGUACCAAAAAAAAACAAAAAACUGGAUAGAUGAGCUGCAGUCUGCCUGUUUUUGGGAGGAAUGAAAUUCAGUCUUUUUAUUCUGUCAGCUGACUGGCUUUCGUACUUUAAGAUAUACCAAAAAUAUUUGUUCAAAUACUUGGUGUGUGUAGUUAGUGUAGCUUAGUUUAGUCGAUAUAUUUAUGAGUACAGAAUCUCUUCAGAAAUAUAGAAAUGCAAUAUUUUGAUUACCAUUUUCCAAAGAUGACUUUUGUUUAUAAAGUGUCUCACAGCUCAGUUUGUAAUUGGCAGCACAACUAACCAAAAAUGCAAUGAAUUGGUGGGUUUGGGUGCGAGAAAGUCGUUUUUAUUGUUGAUCUUUUUACAGUUUGGUCCUCCGUGUUUAAUCCGGUUUUCUCUAAACGGUUUAGAGGCUCCUUUCACUAUUUAUUGUAGCAGUUUUAGACUUUUCUAAACAAAAGACAAAGUUUUUUUUCUUUGCUUUUUGUGCUAACUGUCAGCCAUACGACAACAGCUUGAACCAAAGUGGUUUUUCUGAGUGGUUGCUGUGCCUGCCUGAGCGCACCAGCUGCUGUUCACACCAUCUCUGCUCUCCCAAAACCGUCUUUUUCCUCCUGUCUCUUUCUCCCACCACAGUCGGCACCAGGUUCCCCCGAUUUGGUGUCGCUGGAUCCAAACCACAGAAACUGAGCUUUAAAGACUCGCUGCUGAAACUCCUGUUUGAGGGCGGCGAGGGGCCUGCAUGCUUCCUGAUAGCUUUACAGCUUCAUCCUGUGUAAAUCAGGGUUGUUGUUGGUUCUUUCUUUCUUUUUUUAACCCUUCUAUUGUAGGGCUCACACUUGUAAAUUCAUCAAAUUCUCCCCCCCCCUGAACGAGCCCCCACUUUGAACCUGUGAUAGACGAAAUGCUGCUCCCAGAAUCCCUCUGUGGACGAGUUUUCGACCUGCCAAACAUUAUGUCCCUGUGCAGCAGGGGGAGUCAGUGCCGCCAAGUGCUACCCGUUGUGCUAAAGCCCACACAGACGUAGCAUUGUUCUGCAGAGAAAUGAUUACUGUCGCUGGAAACAGUUUCCGCAUCCUCCUCUUUUUUUUUUCUCUCUUGAAUUACUGAAUAUACCUCAGCAGCACUUCAAUAUGAGGCUCACCUUUAGGCAUUUGGGUGUAUAGAACUUUCUAGAAUGUAUAAGAACUGUCCAGCUCCGCCGCUCAGACUUUAUACAUUUGAACCAUGCAUAGAAAGAAAACAGAAAAGGACAACCUACUACUGCUAUUUUCUAGUACUACUAUUUAUGGGCUGUUUCCAGGUUUAUGUUGUUUUGAAGUCCACUUUGCCGAAGUUGAAAGCUUUUGUGUCUGGUCCCGGACGAGCCCCCAGAACCGGGUCCGUGCUGUUUCUAGAGGCUAGCAUGAUGAAGCAGUUGGCACCAUAGGAUGUUACUGAGAUAUUUAUGAGGAAAGACUUAAGAAUUAGAUAAACAAUCUUUUCUUAACUCUAUACAUAUAAAUAUAUAUAUAUAUAUAAAUAUAUAUAUAUAUACACAAACACCUGUAAGAUAUUCAUAUUUUAUAUUUGAUCCAGUAUGUUAUCAAGUCUGAAUGUAGUGUUUAUCAUGCUAACUCGAAACAAAUCUCCCCUUAAUUUGUUUUUUAAUUCAGCUUUUUAUUUUCUUAUUUUCUAAUGAACUGAUAAGACCAAAAAGAAAAAAAGGCGAUGGGGCGUGUCCCGCCACAGCGCGCCCCCUGUGUCGAUGGAAUCUGAUAGGUUGGAAAGUGUCAGAUCUCGAUCUACUUAAUUUUCAGUUAAAUAACUGUGUACUUGAUUUGCUGUGCUGUCUUUAACAAUCAUUUAAUUUGUUUUGAUUGCUUUAUGCCUUUAAUUGUUUUGUAUAGGUGUGAGAGGGCAAGAUCACUGGCUUUCUUAGUGGGACAGACAAGAAAAUGAUCAUUUAUGCCUUAUUGUUGUGUAGAAGACAUGAGCAUUGUAGCAUUGUUGUUGUUGUUGUGUUUGUGGGUGUGAGAGAGGGAGCGCUCACCCAGUGCUUAGUUUGAACUGAAAUAAGGACGAUUCUGCUUUCUAGGCUCUGAUUUUUGAAUAAAGCUUUAUGAAUAUUUCCAGCAGGCAGGUUUGAAGAGAGAGGACAGUCUGCAGAGCACGAUUUUCUCCAUCUUCCAAAGAGCGAGGUGCUUGUUGUUCGGGCUUUGGCUUUGUUUGUUUUGAAUCUAAACUUUGGUGAUCCGAGGAGAUCAGGUUUGGGUCUGUCGGACCGACAUGCGAGGCUGCAUGGAGCAUCGGAGAGGCCAGAGAAGCUGUUGUAUACCUCAUUUCUAACUCAAGGCUGAGUUAAACUUGCUUUAAUCUACUUAAUAAAUAUUAAAAAAAUGUUUUUAAAAAUGAUAUUAAAAAAAGGAGAAAAAAAAGCGAACUUUGAGUCGGUGGGAAGCGUGCUUGUACCUGUGCUGCCACAAAAGGGCGACAUUACACACCAUGAAUGUCCGCUUCUUUCUGAUACAAAUUCCUCUCCUUUUUUUUUUUAAGUUUGAUUUGGUGUUUUUUUUUCUUUUUCCCUUUCCUACCACGUUUUGGUUCAGUGGUUCUCCCCAUUCUGUUCCACAACUUCUUUUCAAAUUUGACAAUCCUGUUUUAGUUUCUCUCCGGCACAGGUGUGGGCUCGCCUUCCCACGUGACCGCGCACCCGCUCAGCCCGCUCUCGGUUUCCCAGUUUUACCGACGUUGACCAAAGAUGAAGAACUUGAUUGUAAAACACCGAUGUCUCGCCCAUCCCUGCCCCACUGCUCAGCAUCAAACGCCCGAGACCUGGAGACCUGCGUCUGAUCGCUUGUGGCAGUGCAGUGGUUUCAGUGCCUGAGGGGCGGGGAUGGCAGAAGGGGGGGGGGCUCAGUGGGCGGGGUCAUGCCGGCUCUCAAACACUGUACCCCUUCAGGACUUUGAAUGCUCGCCUGUCUGGAGCCCCUCUCUUCCUCCCACUGUCUCUCUGAAGGUGAAAAUGCCGUCUCUCUGUGUCCUCCUCUUCCUCAUCACCCGUACACUGUACCCCCAGGACAUUUAAAGUCUCCUCCCCCUCCUCCAAUGUAGUCCUCUCACUACAGACUGGUCAGCUGUGACACUAUGCAUCAUGGUCCUUCUCUCUGCAUGGACUGUGUCCCUCCGGCUCAGAUCUGGGGCUUGAGCGACACUUUGUCUAAGGCUUUAACUCCAAGUGUGGCCAUUGGGCCUCACGAGCUCAAUUCCAAAGCAAAAAUCCAAAUAUUUAACUUUUGACAAGUGCAGAUACCAAAGAUAUCUUUCUGUCCUGUGUCUGUUUUCUGUCCCUCCUGCCCUGCAGCAUGUACCAGAGACAAACCCAGCACUGGCUUCAGUCGUAGUCUCAGUAAUUCCAAAGCUUAGAUGUAUAUUUUGGUAUAUUUCUGAGAAAAACCUGUUUGAAAAGCGUCUGUUUUCUCCUUGUUUGUUUGAGGUAACCUGUUUGUUGUUUUUUUUUUCCUGUCACAGCAUGGAGGUAAUUGCAGAACUGUCUUUCUCUUCGUAGGUUCAAGAUAUAGUAUUUUUGUAUGUUUGAGGGGUGACGUGUGCGAUUAUUAGUUCACAGCCCAAGUGACCAUCUCAAGAAAACACAAAAACUCACAAAAAAAAUUAGGGGGGAAAGCAACCACCAAACAUGUACAUAAUGCGUCUGUGUAUCUGAAGAAACGCUCUGUCAAACAUUUCACGUUGGGAGCUUGGGCUCAUAGCAACGAAUGUGUUCCGCUUUUAUUUUCUUCUUUCCUACUCUGCAGUUUUCCUGAUACUCGAAUGUAAGGAGUUUUGGAUUUCAACACUGAGAGGAACACUGUUUGCAAAAGAAAAAAAAAAAAAGACUGAAUAAAACCGGCCUCCAAUCAUGGCGGCAAAGAGCUGAACGAUUGUGUAGGACUAUAUGUGAAUCAGGAUACAUAGAUUUUUUUUUUUUUUUUUUUUUGCAUUUGUCUGCUGUAUUUUUGUUUUUAUACACAUUCAGAGAUAAUCUUUUACUGUAAAUGUACAGUUCUCUUUUGUUGUAAACAUCAUUAAACCAUUUUCCAAGA